CCGCGCCCGCCCGCCGCUUCUGCCCCCGUCCCCGGCCGCCCCCUCAGCGAGCCGGCGAGCGGCCUUCGCGCCCGGCCUCCGGGAGGGGGGCGCCCGGCCGGACCCUGAGCCUCGCCCUCUCGCGCUGCGGCCGCCCGCGCCUCCUCGGCCCCCUGCCCGGCAUGAAGACCAAGUUCUGCAACGGGGACGAGGCGGAGCCCACGCCGCUCGGGCUGCUGCUGAGCUGCGGCGGCGGCAGCGCGGCCCCGGCGCCCGGCGUGGGGCAGCAGCGCGACGCCGCCAGCGACCCCGAGCCCAAGCCGCUGGGCGGCCGGCAGCCGCCGCUCGCGCUGCCCCCGCCGCCGCCGCCGCCGCUCGCGCUGCCCCCGCCGCCGCCCCCGGCCGACGAGCAGCCCGAGCCCCGGACGCGGCGCAGGGCCUAUCUGUGGUGCAAGGAGUUCCUGCCCGGCGCCUGGAGGGGCCUUCGCGAGGACCAGUUCCACAUCAGUGUCAUCAGAGGUGGCCUCAGUAAUAUGCUGUUCCAGUGCUCCUUACCCGACACUCUGGCCACCGUUGGUGACGAGCCUCGGAAAGUGCUCCUGCGGCUGUACGGAGCGAUUUUGAAGAUGAGGUCCUGUAAUAAAGAGGGAUCCGAACAAGCUCAGAAAGAAAAUGAAUUUCAAGGGGCCGAGGCCAUGGUCCUGGAGAGCGUCAUGUUUGCCAUUCUCGCAGAGAGGUCGCUCGGGCCGAAGCUCUACGGGAUCUUUCCCCAAGGCCGCCUGGAGCAGUUCAUCCCGAGCCGGCGAUUAGACACUGAAGAAUUAAGUUUGCCGGAUAUUUCUGCAGAAAUCGCUGAGAAAAUGGCUACGUUUCAUGGUAUGAAAAUGCCAUUCAAUAAGGAACCAAAAUGGCUUUUUGGAACAAUGGAAAAGUACCUAAACCAAGUGCUGAGAAUUAAAUUAACUGGGGAGUCCAGAGUUAAGCAGCUCCACAAAUUCCUCAGUUACAAUCUGCCUUUGGAACUGGAAUACCUGAGGUCAUUGCUUGAAUCCACUCCAUCUCCGGUUGUAUUUUGUCAUAAUGACUGUCAAGAAGGUAAUAUCUUACUGCUGGAAGGGAGAGAGAAUUCUGAGAAACAGAAACUGAUGCUCAUCGACUUUGAAUACAGCAGUUAUAAUUACAGGGGGUUUGACAUUGGGAAUCAUUUCUGUGAAUGGGUGUACGAUUAUAGCUAUGAAAAGUACCCUUUUUUCAGAGCAAACAACCUGAAGUAUCCCACCAGGAAACAACAGCUCCAUUUUAUUUCCAAUUACUUGGCUGCAUUCCAUAAUGAAUUUGAAAACUUCAGUAAUGAGGAAAAGUCCAUUAUAGAAGAAGAAAUGUUGGUUGAAGUCAAUAGGACUACGCCCAAGCACGGUUUGAUGCCUAUUUCGACCAGAAGAGGAAGCUCGGGGUGUGACUGUGGGAGGACCUGGUUCACUUAUCCCUGGCCUGCGCGGGGGCGGCCGAGCCAGCGGCCCCUCUGUGCUCCGACUACUGUACCUGCGGCAGGAGGGCUUGGCUUCUCGCUGCCCAACACAGAUGUGUAUGAUACGAAAGACUGGAUUAAAAUUGAGUAACAUUUCUUCCCUAUCUUGUUUACAAUUUCACUAGGACCCUGGAAUGAGAUGGGGAGGCAGAAACAUAGUGCAAUAGUGCAGUAUGUCAGAAUCCUUUCGUCUAGAGGAGGCAUCUCACAUUUGGGGCCUGAGGCUCAGUCAGAUGUGGCAAACUGUUACUGUGGGUUCUUUUUUUUUUGGUUAAUGUUGAUUUCCAAAGGAUUUUCAUUGGCGUGCUGGUGAACACUGUGACGAGGCUCUCUGUAGGAACCACGCGUGUGGACACUGCUCGCUCCCGAGGGCGGCGAGAGAGCUGAGACAGUUUGCGACCUCGCUCUGCGGCCCGACCUCGAGUCUCCGGAAGCUGCUCCUUCACCCUUUGGUCCAAAUGGCUGACACUUGAGACAGCAGACUGCACGUGACAGGCGCGAGCUCUGGUCUGCGUACACAUGAAUGUCGCUGCUCGGACCUGUUGUACAUAUUUUGUCAUGCAGACGAACCUCACCCUAACUG